UAAAAUUUAUCAAGGUUUAAAUUAAUUUUCGCCGUAGUUAGGUACCAUUUUGCAUUAUUUAUUAAAAUAGUUCGUGUUCCUUUGUGCGGCACUGCGAUAAAAAUUUAUCACAUAACUUUGACUUUCAACGCUGUUAUCGCAGGUGCCAGUCAAGGGGCCGAUAUUGUUCAAAACAACAAGCCAAAACUUGAAAAUCAUAGUAAUUACGUUCUUGUAAAGUUUCCACCUUUGACUGAAAAAUUGCACAACGAAUAAACUCUAUUUUUUGUUACAGUUAGAUAUCUUGCCAUAUGAUUUUUAAGUAAUAUUUAAGUAAAGUCAGAGAGUUUAGGUACGAACUGGAUUUUGUCAUUGGAUCAAUUAUAAAUAAUACAAAAGAUGAAGGUGGGUUGUUGUUAAUAUAGUGGAUUUUGGAGUAAAUUAGUAGAGUAUUUUGUACUGAGCCAUUUGAUGUUCUGUUGUUCAGGGAGUCCCAAAUUUAGUCAAUUUAGAUGUGAGCUUUGUUUAUUCUUUGCUCAUCGCAAAUAACUUUGGAAAUUGCUUAUUCCAUAAAUAUCUUUCGAAUUUUGAAAAUUUUCGUUAAUCAGUUACAAGCAAAUAAAAAUUCAUUAUAAUUAUCCGAUUAUGAGUUUAAAUAGAAUGGAGCAGCGACGUAAGGUUGCUGUUACGAGAAUAAGUGAGACUUACACAUUAGCUAUCAAAUCUCAAACCGAUUCCUCUCAGCAUAACUUAUUCAAAAUUAAGUAUGACAGUUUAGAAGAAGUCUAUACAUCAUUUAAUGAACUUCAUAACGAAGUUAUCGGUUUAAUUGAUGAAAAAGAAUUUGAAGCACAAGAUGUAAUAAGGAAAAGUACCGAUGAAUUUUAUUUCAAAACAAAAGAAAUAUUUAAUAAAUUAUUCCCCAGUAAGGAGAACCACAGCCUUGUGUCAAUAAACAGCCAGGAUGAAAAAAUAAAAUUACCAAAAAUAACCAUUCCUGUUUUUGAUGGCACCAUGUUAAAAUGGCCUACUUUUUAUGAUCUGUUUUCUGCUUUGGUGCAUAACAAUUCCUCUUUAGCAAACAUACACAAAUUUCAAUACCUAAUUUCAUUUGUACAGGGGGAACCCUUAAACCUUAUUAAGUCAAUUCAAACCACAGAUGCCAAUUAUUUAAUUGCAUUUAACACGUUAGUGAAUCGAUAUCAAAAUAAAAGAAUUUUAGCUGCGUCAUAUUGGCAUGAGAUAUAUAACGUUCCUUCCAUGAAAACAAGUUCUUAUAAGGACCUUCGGAAUCUUUUAGAUGUAUUUACUGAAAAUUUGUCUGCCUUGCAGGUAUUAGAGUUUCCUGUCCAACAUUGGUGUUUCAUUCUAUUUAAUUUAUUAUUGCAAAAACUCGAUAGUGCCACACGAACAGCCUUUGAAGUGAAGUAUACUGAAAAAGAUAUACCUACCUACAAAGACCUUAAAGAGUUUCUGGAAAAGCAGUGUAAAGCCUUAGAAUCAGUUCAGUUUGUUACUUCACAAUCAAACUCUAGUUCCCCUGGUAAAUUUUCAAAACCUUCGAAUUCCGUAAAACCUAGUUUUUCUAAAACUCCAGUAACAUCCGCAUUGCUUGUAAACCAGAAUGCACCUCCAAAAAAUCUACCGUUGAAAAAUAAUAGUAACCAAAAUCAGGCUGCGCGAAAUAAUAGCCAAAAUUGCAAAUUAUGCAACCAAAUGGCACACCCGUUAGCUCAGUGUCCGGAGUUUAUUUCCAAAACCCCGUCUGAAAGAUUUUCCUUUGUAAAACAGAAUCGUGUUUGUAUAAACUGCCUUAGAUACAAUCAUUUGUUGAAAGAUUGCACUUCUUCGUUUAAUUGUCGUGUUUGUAGAUACAGGCAUCACACUAUGAUGCAUCUACCUCAAACCGUUGAGACAAAUAGAACAAAUGCACAAUCCGACGCAUUCAUAAACUCUUCGUCGCACUCGAUUAAUGCUCAAAGCUCUCCUCAGCCGUCUAAAACUAAUGCAAAUAUUUCUGCACAAUCCUUACACAACCAAAGUAAUUUAUCGUCGGUACAGGCAAGUACAUCCCAACCCGAAAAUCAGGUUCAAAACUACUGCACGUCAUUAGCAAAUGCAUUUACUCAAAGCACAGUUUUGUUGUCUACAACAAGAGUGGAAAUUUUGGAUUCUAAAGGAAACUAUCAAAUCGUUAGAGUAGUCCUAGAUUCUGGUAGCCAAGCAAAUUUCAUUAGCCAAAAGUGCCUAAGUCAGCUUGGUCUGACAAAGAAAAGAUUCUCAAUACCAGUUCAAGGUCUUAAUGGAGCUAGAGCUUGUACCAACGGAGUAGCCAGUUGCAGUAUUCGCCCCGUAGGUCAAACCCAACCUACAUUUUGCUUUGAUGUCUUGGUUCUUCCUAAUCUUUGUACAGAGAUGCCCUCUCACAUUAUAAAUACCAACAGUUGGUCGCAUAUAUCCAAUUUAAAGUUGGGUGACGAUCGAUUCCACAUCCCAGCACCAGUAGAUCUUUUACUAGGUGCAGAAGCUUUUGCUCAUAUCCUAAAGGAAGGUCGCGUUUUAGGACAACCAGGGCAACCCACUGCGUUAGAAACUGUAUUUGGUUGGGUUCUUCUAGGAAAAACUCAGGAGGUGUUAACGCCUUCCGUUCAUUUGCAAACUUAUUUUUCUUCAUUUGAUUCCUCCCUUGAUAGUGAUAUUCGAAAAUUUUGGGAAUUGGAAGCAAUCGCAGCGAAACCACAGAUAGCUCCGGAGGAAGAAAAGUGUGAAGAGAUCUAUAGAAAAACUGUGUCCAGAGACCCCUCGGGUCGUUUUAUCGUAUCUUUACCCUUUCGUCAUAGUGAGCCCGAUCUGGGAGACACCUUCACCAUGGCAUACCGUAGUUUUAAAUCUUUAGAAACUCGUUUAAUUAAAAACCCUGAGUUGUAUAACUUGUAUUCGGAAUUCAUGAGAAAUUAUUUGGAAAAUGGGCACAUGACUCUAAUUGCUUCUGACGAACCCAAGCCAAUACACUCUUGUUAUCUGCCUCAUCACGGAGUGAUUAAGGUAGAAAAAACCACUAGUAAGGUCCGUGUCGUUUUUAAUGCCUCAGCAAAAGGUUCCAAGGGAAUCAGUCUGAAUGAUACGUUGCUUCCCGGUCCAAAAUUGCAAGCUGAUCUUUCUGGAAUCUUAGUUAAAUUUCGUGUGUUUCCUAUAAUUUUUCUGGCCGACAUUAAACAAAUGUAUCUGCAAAUACAACUUACGCCUGAACAUCGAGAUUAUCAGAGGCUAAUUUGGCGGUUUAAUCCGAAUGAUCCCAUAAAGCAAUAUCGUCUCAACACGGUUACUUUUGGCGUCACCUCCAGCCCUUAUUUGGCAAUUAGAACAUUGAAAGAGCUGGCAAAACAGGAGAGAUCUAAGUAUCCGAACGCUGCUGAUAUUCUUUUGAAUAAUACUUUUAUGGAUGAUAUCUGUGCUGGCAGCGACUCUCUGGAAUCUGCUUUGGCCUUACAGAAAGAGAUAAUUGCCCUGCUUAAAGCCGGUGGGUUUGAGCUGAGGAAAUGGGCUAGCAACCAUUUUAAAUUAUUGUCGUCUUUAGCUGCUGCCGAUUGUCAAGUUCCCGUUUCGUUUGAUAGAGAGGUUUCUAGUAAUAUAAAAGUUCUUGGUCUUCUUUACAACCCCUCUGUCGACAAGUUUUCGUUUUCCCAUAGUCCAUCUAAUAAACCCCCUACGAAAAGGAAUAUUUUGUCAGAAAUUGCCCGAAUCUUCGACCCUUUAGGCUUCCUUUCCCCGGUAACAUUUUUGGCAAAACACAUUAUGCAGCGACUUUGGAUUUCUGGCAUAGGUUGGGACGAGAUCCCGGCCAAACCAAUUUGUGACAUUUGGGUGCAGUUUAAACUGGAACUUCCGAGGUUAUCACAAAUUUCAUUACCGCGUUUUAUCUUUGCCGAAAAACUACAAAGGUGUCAACUUUUGGGAUUCUGCGAUGCUUCAGAAAAAGGCUAUGCUUGUGCAGUUUAUCUUCGAAUUGAAUUACCAAAUGACACCGUAAAAUCUUCUUUAAUUAUAGCAAAAAGUAGAGUCGCGCCUCUUAAGACGGUCAGCCUUCCACGAUUAGAAUUAUUGGGUGCUGCCUUGUUGGCAGAGUUGCUUAAAUUUAUUAUUGACCUUCUUAGCAAGCUAAUUUCUAUCAAUGAAGUGUUGGCUUUCACGGAUUCUCAAGUAGUUUUAGCGUGGUUAUCCAGCUCGCCGCACAAAUGGAAAACCUUUGUUGCAAAUCGGGUUAGCCAAGUUCAGGAAACCAUACCCACGGUACCCUGGUAUCAUAUUAGUUCUGGGGAAAACCCAGUAGAUUGCGCUAGUAGGGGUUUAACACCCAGCAACCUAAUAAAUCAUCCCUUAUGGUUUCAAGGUCCUCCUUGGAUUUUACUUCCUCGAGCUGAAUGGGAUCUUGUGCCAAUGGAUGGAUCCAAUCUGGGAAAAUCGGUGGCUCUAUCCGAACAAAAAACCUGCACAUUCGCUGUUACGCUGGAUCCUAACCCAUUAGAUUGUUUAGUAACCAAAUUUUCGUCUAUACUUAAAAUUCAACAUAUAAUUGGUUACGUACUUCGAUUUACUAGCAACACUAAGGCCAAGUCAAGAGAUCAUUGGGGUGUACUUACGGAAAUAGAAAAUCAAAAUGCUCUUCGAAUUUUAAUCAGGCAUGUCCAGAGUUGUUCUUUUUCGGAUGUCAUUUCACAACUUAGGACUCAGGCCUUAAUACCGAAACCUUUUCGCAAGUUAGCUGUUUUUCUCGAUGCAGACGGAUGCCUCAGAGUGGGCGGUCGUCUAAAGCACUCCGAUCUUUCUUUUGAUGCAAAACAUCCUUACCUUCUUCCUCGAAACCACAGAUUAACGCAUUUACUUAUUGAAAAUAUGCACCGGAAACAUUUACAUGUGGGGUUAAAUACCGUGCAUUAUCUUCUUAGACAACAAUUUUGGAUAUUAUCAGCUCGUCGAGCAAUCCAAAAGGUGUUAUCACAAUGUGUAAAAUGUUUUAGGGUAAAACCUAAAACCUUUACCCCAUUGAUGGGGGAUUUACCUUCCUUUCGAAUUUGCCAAUUAAAAUGUUUCUCUCAAGUUGCCUUAGAUUACGCAGGUCCAUUAAAAAUAACUAUGGGCAGGCACCGAGGUGCGAAGGUCAUGAAGGCUUACGUGUGCAUUUUUGUUUGUUGUACUACUAAAGCCAUCCAUAUUGAACUGGUUUCGGACUUAACAUCGGAUGCCUUCAUAGCUGCGUUUCGUCGUUUCGUUGCACGGCGCGGGAAAUGCACCAACAUUUUCAGCGACUGUGGUACAAAUUUUGUAGGAGCUAGAAACCAAUUAGAAAAAUUAUCUCAAUUCGCCUCAGAAUCUUUGCAAAUUAGAUGGCAC